UUAAACCAUCUUUAGCGGGAUUCGGUCAACACGCCGGACCGGCCAGGAAACAGUUUCCCGCCGUGUUUUGUUGUCACUUUGUCCCCCCUUAACCACCACUGCGUGCCCACUAUUUUUAUAAAUCACAAUGAGGCGAACCAGAGGUUCGAGAAAUAAAAGCCAGAGUAGCCAAGGAAAUGAGGAAGUCCUGUCAAAAACAGUGUGGCAGUGGCAGGGAGACGAGGGACAGUGGGAGCCGUAUUCGCCUGCAGAUUGUGCCUUUCUAGACUCGGCCGUCUCAUCUGGAAAAACGUCCGUCACUCUGGCUCUGGGCUCAGGGACGGCAUACAAAAUUGAUCUGAAGAAGAUGGUCCAGAUCAACCCUGUGACCAAGUUCAAGAGGAAAAUUUGCCUUCAGGCUGUAAAGUCAGAAAACUUAGUCGAGGCUGGUGAUGUGGCAGGUUGCAAUGGGAAACCAGAUGAUCAAGUUAAAGAGGAAGUGGAGGAGACAGAAGAGCAACCAACAGCCAAGAGGAGGAGAGGAAAGAGCAAGAGUACAACAAAAACUGAAGAAAUGCCCAAAGUGGAAGUAAAGAGUGAAGAAGUGGUGAGGACGGUGGUGAUGAAAGGCAAAGCUCCAGUGGACCCCGAAUGCAAAGCAAAACUCGGAAAGGCUCAUGUUUACAGUGAAGGAAAAGAUGUCUACGAUGUGAUGCUAAACCAGACAAAUGUUCAGUUCAACAACAACAAAUACUACCUGAUCCAGCUGCUGGAAGAUGACAGCUCCAAGGCUUUCAAUGUGUGGAUGAGAUGGGGCAGAGUGGGCAAAGUGGGUCAAAGCAGCCUCACAGCCUGUGGAGGAGACCUGCUGAAGGCCAAAGAUUUCUUCAAGAAAAAGUUUCUUGACAAGACGAAGAACGAGUGGGAAUAUCGGGACACUUUUGAGAAAGUAGAUGGAAAAUAUGACAUGCUGUUUGUGGACUACAGCUCGAACAAGAUGGAGGAGAACCAGACCACAGUGGACGCUGCACCCAAGAAAAGGACCUCGAAGCUGCACGCAAGGGUCCAGUCUCUCCUGGAGCUCAUCUGUGACCUCAAAGCCAUGGAGGAAUGCGUUCUGGAGAUGAAGUUUGACACCCGAAAAGCUCCUCUUGGCAAGCUGACGUCGGAGCAGAUCCGUGGAGGCUAUGAAGCCUUAAAGAGAAUCGAGGACUGCUUGAAGAAGAAGGGCAGCAGUCGGGAGCUGGUGGCAGCAUGCAACCAGUUUUACACACGCAUCCCCCAUGACUUCGGGUUGAAAACUCCCCCAAUCAUCCGCACAGAUGUUGAGUUGAAGGAAAAGAUCACUUUGUUGGAGGCAUUAAGUGACAUCCAGAUUGCGGUGAAAAUGGUCCAGUCCAGUGCUGACAGUGACGAGCACCCCCUGGACAGGCAGUAUCAGUCCCUGCAGUGCAAUCUUCAGCCUCUGGACUCCAGCAGCAAUGAAUUCAAGGUAAUAGACAGAUAUCUGCAGUCCACUCACGCCCCCACUCAUAAUGACUACACCAUGAGUGUCCUCGACAUCUUCGCUUUGGACAGAAACGAGGAGGGCAGCAAAUUCCUCUCAGACUUGCACAACAGGACUCUGCUGUGGCACGGUUCCCGUCUCUCUAACUGGGUCGGCAUCCUCAGCAAGGGCCUCCGAGUGGCCCCACCCGAGGCUCCCGUCACGGGUUACAUGUUCGGUAAAGGCAUCUACUUUGCUGACAUGGCAUCAAAAAGUGCCAACUACUGCUUUGCCAACCAGAGUAACCACGUUGGACUGCUGCUGCUGUGUGAGGUGGCUUUGGGAGACAGCAACGAGCUGCUUCAAGCCGACUACGAUGCCAACAAUCUGCCUGAAGGAAAGCACAGCACCAAGGGUCUUGGACGGACCGGACCUGACCCCAAAAACGCCGUCACACUGGAUGGUAUGACGGUGCCAAUGGGCCCCGGAGUGAAAACCGGAGUGGGAAACAGCAACGCUUACAGCCUCCUCUACAACGAGUACAUUGUUUACAAUCCAGCACAGACUCGCAUGAAGUAUCUGCUGCGGAUCCAGUUCAAGUAUUCUUCACUGUGGUGAAAACAAUGCGGUGGUGUGAUAUCUGGGGAAUCCAAUUUUAAGAAGCAGACGGGACAUUCAUGCUCCACAUACAAAUAAUUCCUCUUGAUCUUGGGCUUUGAGGGUUAAAAGAACGGUUUCUCUCACUAAUGCAGAGCAGCAGCAGCAGCUCUGGUCGACAUCUAUUGCAAAUCUGUUUCUUUUCCGUCUAAAAUUAUAGUUAACAUUUUGUGCGUGAAAUGAUUGAUGGUGAUAAUUGUAAAAAUAAAAUAUGGAAACUUUUAAAUUGUAGGACAUUUUUAAACAAAAACAUUCCCAAAUUUAGUCACCAACUGUGUUUUCUACCAAAGAUGGUACAAUAAAGGCCCAAAAGACCAGAAUUAUUUUAGACGCUAUAGAUUCAACAGUUUCUUUAAAUCUUACAUUCUUAUUGGUGUAGGAAUCUCAGUGGUAGAAGGGUGAUUGAAAGUGAAAACAUUUAUUAGCUGCAGCUGUGUCAUUGACGCCACCAGCAGUAUCUGACAGAUCUGAUGGUCCUGUGAGAAUAACAUUUGACGUUUUCUGUGGUGGGGGUGGGUUUGUGAAAUUUCUCUCGUCCGCCCAGGCGGCUGAUGCCUCUCAAAUCAGCAAACUGACUUGGAUCUGCACCAAAUAAAGAGAACCUGCAGAACACUUUGCACUGCCUUUGGUUCAUGUUGUUCUCAACUGUGAAUGUUGUCACAUUAAUAAAAGCUGUAUGUA